GAUGAGGAUCUCAAUCUAAAAGAAGAUGUUGCUUUAUCGUCGCGAGUAUGUCCCGGUCACGAGAGGGCGCUGCCAAUUGACAGAACCAUCAUGGACCUGGAUAUUCGAGAAGAAGGUAUUGCCACCUUGCUGUGCUACAUGGAGCUGGUGCCUGAGAACUGGCUGGAGAACCUGCAGCCGGUGUAUGCCACCUGUAAGGUUCUGUGUUAUGGAGGACCACCACAGCUACAGGCGGUGUCCAAGAAGUGUCCCCCAGUUGCGGUAGCUAUUGCUAGACAGAAGAUGGAGGGCAAGUCCUUCUCUAAUGCCAACAGCGUCGAAUUCCCCAUUGUUGAGGUCAGUGACACCAUGGGAUGGGACUCAGGACCGGUCAAGAGAGAGGUCAAGCUGUUGCAGUGGAACUGGGCUGGACAAGGGUCUCAGAUAACAUCUAAGUCUGGCGUGCUGGUGGAGUUCUCAGAGCUGGCGUUCCACUUGCGUUCCCCUGGUGAUCUGAAUCAGGAGGAAAUGGAUAAUAUUGUGGACUUUUUACACAAGAGAGUUACACGUCAAGAAGGGACAGAACUCUACCAGCUCGAUCUACUCUACAACUCACUAAAAAGCUGUGCGCACAAGAGCUACUGGAUGUGUGCGGAUGAGGCCAAUAUGAACAAGAGUGACAAGCUCAGACAGUUGAUGGAGAACUUCUUCGAGGAUAAGAAGUCAGCACUGGAGAGGAUGGACGAAGAGGAAUCCGAGUCUGACCAGAUCCCGUCAGCCCGAGACCUAGAUCAGGUGAUCAUAGAUGUCCGACAAUUCAUCACCUUGUAUGGACAGGAGCACAGCCUCACAGGCAGAUCUAUAGCGCGUGUGUUUCAUGGUAUUGGCAGCCCAUGCUUUCCAAUUGCUACCUGGUGCCGUGUAAGAAGGUUCUGGCGGAGUCAUCUGCAUGUCAACUUCAAUGUGUGUCUGAAAGCAGCAACCAGGGAACUUGUCAGGUUCAGAUCAUAACUGUUGUAUAUUCAGGAGGAGUGAUCUUUGUGUCAACUGCAGCAUGUCCUGAAGCAGGGACCUGGGAACUUGUCACGUUCAGAUCAUAACUGUUGGAUGUUAAGGAGAAGUGAUCUUUGUGUCAACUGCAGCAUGUCCUGAAGCAGCAACCAGGGAACUUGUCAGGUUCAGAUCAUAACUGUUGGAUGUUCAGGAGGAGUGAUCUUUGUGUCAACUGCAGCAUGUCCUGAAGCAGGGACCAGGGAACUUGUCACGUUCAGAUCAUAACUGUUGGACGUUCAGGAGGAGUGAUCUUUGUGUCAACUGCAGCAUGUCCUGAAGCAGGGACCAGGGAACUUGUCAUGUUCAGAUCAUAACUGUUGGACGUUCAGGAGGAGUGAUCUUUGUGUCAACUGCAGCAUGUCCUGAAGCAGGGACCAGGGAACUUGUCAUGUUCAGAUCAUAACUGUUGGACGUUCAGGAGAAGUGAUCUUUGUGUCAACUGCAGCAUGUCCUGAAGCAGGGACCUGGGAACUUGUCACGUUCAGAUCAUAACUGUUGG